UAUAUAUAUAUAUAUAUAUAAAUAUUUAAAAAGUAGUUAAUAAAACCAUUUUUUGUAAUGUCUUUAGCAAGUCUACUACCUCACCCUACUCAAGUAGUUUGGGAUAGAGAAGACGAGGCUAGGGAAGCGAAACUUCGACAGAGACCGGUUUCAGCGUUAGUAAAAGCGGUCGUAAGUGCUCCUCCUUAUGGUCAGCGUAAAGGAUGGGUGCCAAGAAACGAAGAAGAUUUUGGAGAUGGUGGCUCAUUUCCAGAAAUUCACGUUGCUCAAUAUCCGCUUGGAAUGGGAGCAAAAGGCAAAGAAACCACGAGUAAUGCACUUGCGAUACAACUUGAUUCUCAAGGGAAGGUUAAGUAUGAUCUUAUAGCUCGUCAAGGUCAUUCAAAAGAUAAGAUAGUUUAUAGCAAACUAACCGACCUACUGCCGUCCGAAAUUUUGACCGAAGACGAUCCGAGCUUACAAAAGCCAUCUGAAGAAGAGGCGGAAGAAACAACGGAGAGGACAAAAAAAGCUUUGGAAAAGAUUAUCGAAUCAAAAAUUGCUGCUGCAAUGCCAGUGAGGCGAGCUGAAAAGCAAGGACCUGCGCAAUAUAUUAGAUAUACGCCAUCUCAACAAGGUCAAUCAUUUAAUUCUGGAGCUAAGCAAAGAGUUAUUAGAAUGGUAGAAGCGCAAGUAGAUCCCAUGGAACCACCAAAGUUCAAAAUCAAUAAGAAAAUCCCAAGAGGGCCGCCUUCUCCUCCUGCACCCGUAAUGCAUUCGCCAACUAGAAAAGUUACAGUGAAAGAGCAAAAGGAAUGGAAAAUACCUCCUUGUAUAAGUAAUUGGAAAAACGCCAAGGGCUAUACCAUACCCCUUGACAAACGUUUAGCAGCCGAUGGACGAGGAUUACAGCAGGUUCACAUUAAUGAAAAUUUUGCAAAACUAGCGGAAGCUCUUUAUAUUGCUGAUAGAAAAGCAAGAGAAGCUGUAGAAAUGAGAGCACAAUUAGAGAAGAAAUUGGCUCAAAAGGAGAAGGAGAAGAAGGAGGACCAUUUGAGGCAACUUGCUGAGAAAGCAAGAAACGAACGCGCAGGAUUAAAAUCAGCAGCCAUUUUAGAUAAAAAUGAAGAAAUUCGUGAAAGAGAUCAGUUGAGGCAGGAACGGCACAAAGAUCGUGCACGUGAACGUAAUUUAGCCCGAGCUGCUCCAGAUAAGAGAUCGCGUCUUCAACGAGAGCGCGAGAGAGAUAUUAGUGAACAAAUUGCUCUGGGCAUGCCAGCAAAGAACGUUAAUACUACGGGUGAUCAAGCCUUCGAUCAGAGAUUAUUCAAUACAACUAAAGGUAUGGACAGUGGUUAUGGUCAUGACGACGAGUACAAUGUAUACGACAAGCCUUGGCGAGAUGGAAAUUCGAUUGGUUCACAUAUUUAUCGCCCGAGUAAGAACAUCGAUCAAGAUAAUUACGGCGAAGACUUGGAAAAACUUAAAACAACAAACAGAUUUGUGCCCGAUAAGGAAUUCAGCGGAACAGACAGAACUGGUGCGGCUCGCUCUGGACCUGUUCAGUUUGAGAAAGAAGAAGAAGAUCCGUUCGGACUGGAUCAAUUCUUGAAACAGGCUAAAAGAGCUAGUAGCACUACAACGGCUACCUCGACAAAACGAAAAGAUGAUCGUGAGCCAAGAAAAGAUGAUCGGGAUAAGCGAAGAAAGCAUUAGCUUGUCUAAGAACUUAACCAUUUCAAGUUGCUCUAUUACUACAAUGCAAUGCUUCGACUAUGUUAAAAUAGCAUUAUUAAAAAAGUUACUGGAUUGACUCGGAAGAUGAAAAAAGAUAUUUUUUGCGAAAUAAUUGAGUUUUUGAAUAUUGUGCAAUUGCAAUAUUAAAAUUUUAGUUCAAUGACCGAUAUUACAUCCAAUUGAAAUGUUCAUCAAAAGUAUGUUAUUAUGUAAAAAUAGCUC